AGUAAAACUCCGCUCUCGGCUGCGUGAGUCACUAACUGACCGGAGAGGGUUUCAGAGAUCCCGAGUGAGUCUCCAGCACAGAGAGGCCUCACACUGUAAUUUGAGCUACAAAAAAAAGUCACCGCAGUCUCGUUUUACGCACAGUCUCCGUCCAAUCCAGCAUUGUCCUACGAAGUUGCGUAUGUGAAAGUGAUACAAAGAAGGCGGCAGAUAUUCUAGGGAAUCUUGACUCAAGGAAAACCAGAAAAAAGAAAAGUCGAGAUUUGAGCUCGUGUGGAAGGAUCUAAAGAAGAAACAUGUCUCAGCCUAAUUACUCCGGCACGUUUCACUUGGCGGAGCAGGAUAAUAUGGACUCCUACCUCGCAGCUUUAGAUAUUAAUUUUGCUCUGAGGAAGAUCGUGUGUCUCUUGAAGCCCACCAAAGAGAUCAGCCAUGACCCGGCCACAGGGACCAUGAAGAUCCGCACCGUCACCACGCUGAAGAACUUCAACAUGGAUUUCACUAUUGGAAAAGAGUUUACUGAGGACCUGGGGCCAGUGGAUGGACGUACCUGUCAGACUACAGUGAGCUGGGAGGGAGACAAGCUGGUGUGCGUACAGCGAGGGGAGAAAGACGGCCGAGGCUGGACGCACUGGCUGGAGGGUGACAAGCUGCAUUUGGAGAUGAGAGUUCAAGGCGUGGUUGCCAAGCAAGUCUUCAAAAGGAAGAUUGAAGACAUGUAGAAAUGUGUAUUUAGUGAAUAACCUCAAUUUAUUCUUCUUAUUCUAGUCAAGAACUUGGUGUGAGAAUUAAAAUGUUUAUAGCUUUAUUUUUAUUAUAAUCAAGAAUAUUUUGAAAUAUCACAUACUGUUAUGUACAGUACAUGUUGUUAAUUGUUUCUGUCUGAUGGUACUAACUGAGAAGAGAGCAGCUGAGCAGAAUGAUUCUCGACUUGUGUAAACAUUCCCAACAUAUCUCCUCAUAUUGCACGAUCUAUCUCCACAAUGUUAUAAACAAAUCAGACAUCUGUCAAACAUCA